AUGGGCCGAUGGGACGCCUUUUACGCCGCGGGCGACGACGCGUGCUUCGCGGCCUACUGCGCCGCGCACGCGGACCUGGCGGACGCGCUCUGCGGCGGCGCGGCCUGCGACGCGCCGGGCCCGCUGCGGGCCUGCCGCGAGCACUGGGAGGGCUACGGCCGGGCCGAGGGCCGCGAGCCGGACCCGGACGCGUGCUCCGCGGCUAAAGAGACCGUCGCCGUGGCCGCCGACGGGUCCGCGGACGUCGCCGACGGGUCCGCGGACGUCGCGGUCCACGAGGACCUCUUCCGCGCCUUCGACGACCCGGCGGCGCUGACGGCGCUCGACUUUGGCUGCGGCGCGGGCCCGCGGUUUUUCGCGCACUCGCGGCGCUUCGCGCGGCUCGACGGCGCGGACACGUCCAAGGUCGCCCUCGAAGCGGCCCACGCCUACGUCCAGGAGCGUGUCGCGGACCGCGCCUACACGCUCUACCACAGCGACGGCCUCGAGCUCGACGCGGUCCCGGCCGACGCGUACGACGCCGUCGUCAGUUUCGACGCGCUCUCGCGGAUCCCCUUCCACGCGACGCGCUACCGCCUGCUCGAGGAGUUCUUCCGCGUGCUCAAGUGCGACGGCAGAGCGAGCCUCGCCAUGGGCUUCGGUGCGUUCCACGGCAGCGUCGCGGGCUACCGCGACGACGUUCCCGUCGACGACGGCGCGGACGUCCAGGUCGCCUUCGACGACCCGGACCUGCUCGUCCACGACUUGGACCGCGUCGGGUUCCGCGACAUGGCCUACUGGAUUUCAACGGGCGGCUCGGGAACCCACGCGAAGACGCUCGUCGUCGCCGGGCGGAAGCAGUGCCCGCUCUGGAACAUUCGGGUCUUCAUCGGGAAUCGUUCGGAACCGGAGACCCUCGAGGAGCUGCCCCAGGCCCAGGGCACGAACCGCAAGUACGUCGACGCCGAGAUCCCCCGAAAGCGGCCGACGGUGUCAGGGGUGCGGGAGGAGCUGCGGAACAUGAAGACGACGGAGCUCGUGAAGCGCGCGCGGCGCGACGGCGUCAGCCCGGAGACCAUCGACGACGCGCUCGACGCGGACGCGCCCCGGGACGCGCUCGCCGAGGUGCUGCUGGCGCACUGGGACCUCGACGACGAGGGCGGCGAGCCGGACGAGUGGCCCUGCCUCAUGGUCGACGCGUCCGUGUCGCGCAUCCAGCAGCAGGGCGCGCUGCGGCGGCGCGCGCGGCGCGACGUCGCCGUCAACGCAUCGCUGCUCGCGGUGUGCGUCGUCGGCCUGGCCGCGCACGCGGCCGACGCGCGCGCCGUCGCGAGCGGCUGCUUCGCGCUGCUCGGCGCCUUCAUGGCCUACGCCGUCUACAUCGCGCUCUGCGCCAUGAAGGCCUACACCGUCGCCCACGUGGACCACCUUGCGCUGCCGCACAGCGGUUCGACGACCGUGGCGACGGCGCUGCGGCGCGCGCUCGAGGCGCGGGCGCUCUUGGGCGCCGCGUCGUGCGCGAAAUGCUCCGCCGCGGCGUGCGGUGCCGACGCGCCGCUGCCGGUCCGCGCGACGCUCGUCUACCGCGCGGGCCACGCGCACUUCCCGCUCGCGGAGCGCCGCGCGCACAUCGCCUCGGACUGGGCCGACGGCGCCGUCUCCCGCGCGCGGGAGGCGUCCGGCGGCGCGCGCCAGGCGGAGCACGAGACGCGCGUGGGCCUCCGCGGGCCCUCGCCGCGCGUCGCGCGCCCGGGCGCCGUCGUCACGGUGCACGUGCUGCGGGAGCCGGUCACGUGGCUCUGGCGCACGCUGAUGCGCUUCUCGUACAUGCCCGUCGAGGGCGCGGCGCGGCGCGGCUCGCGGACGGCGUCCGGAGCGACGCACCGGGGCCGCGCGCGCGGCGAGCCCGCGUCGGCGUGGCUCGAGCGGAACCCGUUCGCGUGGAACAUGCAGGCCCAGUUCCUCGCCGGCCGGCCCCGCUUCGACUGCAACCGGACGCUCGCGGCCGCGCGCGACGACGCGGAUCCCGAAGCGCUGCUGCCGCGGGCCGAGGCCGAGCUCGCCGACGAGGCCGCGCUCGCCUUCGGGCUCUUCGAGCGCCUCGAGGACAGCGCCCAGCUCAUCGCCCACGCCCUCUGCCUGCCCAAGGCCACCCUCGUCGCGGGCGAGACGCGGCGCGGCGCCCUGCGGGCGUCGAACCGGCGGUCGCCGCGGUCCCGGUCCGCGCCGCCGUCGAAGACGGAGGCGGCGCCGCCGAAGCUGCAGCGCCGCGACAGCCUGCCGCCGCCGUCGACGCCGCGGAAGGAGCCGCCCAAGGCGCGCACGCCGAGCACGUCCGCGAAGUGGCUCGGCGCCGGGUCCUGCGUGAUCCUCGACGAGUACGCGGCGACCGCGACGCCCUCGCGGCCGGCGACGUCGCCCGCGCCGGACCUCGGCGGCGUCGUGGCCACGGCGCUGGACCUGGCGCACGUGCCCCUCGCGGAGCCGACGACGCCGAAGACGCCCGAGGGGGGGCUGCCGCGCGCGGAGCGCAUGGUCUCGGCCGACUUCGAGGACGCGGGCGCCGCCGCGCCUCCGCUCGCGCUCGGCGGCGACGACGCGGCCCCGGCGCCGCCGGACCUCGAGGACGCGCCCGCGGCGGUGUCGACGCCGCCGGUCGUCGACGGGGCGGCGACGGCCACGCCCCGCUCGAGCCCGCCGCGGACGCCGAGGAGCUUCCUCCGCGAAUUGCGCGCCUUCGAGGCGAAGGCGCUGAUCCUCGACGAAGCGACGACGGCGCUCGUCCCUGAAGAGGAGACGACGCCGCAAGAGGAGACGGCGCCUCUCGUCCCCGAAGGGCCCUUUGUCCUCGAGGAGGCGACGACGCCGCAAGAGGAGACGACGCCUCUCGUCCCCGAAGCGCCCCUCGUCCUCGAGGAGGCGACGACGCCGCCGAGCCUCGAAAAGGAGCCCCGGCCGGCGGUCCGGCCGUGGGCGGCGCCCGCCGCGGUCCUGGUCCUCGCGGUCGCCGCCGCCUGCGUCCUCGCCUCUCCGGCGGCGCACCCGAUCGUCGCCGACGACGUCGCCGCCGCGGCGCCCCGACGCGCGGCCGCGGCCCCGCCGCUCCUGCUCCCGCCGCCGCCGCCAAGCGCGUCGACGGCGCUCCCGGCGCCGCCGCCCCGCGCGUUGACGGAGCCGCCGCCGCCGCGCGCGUCGCCGGCGCCGCCGCCGCCGCGCGCGUCGCCGGCGCCGCCGGACCUCGCGGCGCCGGCGCCGCCGGACCUCGCGGUCGCGCUCCGCCGCGCGCCGCCCGCGCCGCCGCGCGCGCCGCCCGUCGACGUCGCCGCGGCGCCGCUCGUCGGCACCGACGUCGUCGUCGCGGCGGCGCCCGCGCCGCCGCCCGUCUCGCCCCCCGCGAGGCUCUGCCUGCCGAACUCGGGCGCGCCCGCGGCCGCCAGAGCGCCCAGCGCGUCCGCGUACCAGAACAUGGAUUCGACGGCGUCCGUCACGUUCGCCAAACCGCCGCCGUUGUGGGGGCCGCACUCGCCGCACCAGACCUUGGCGCGGCCGCCGACGGCCCGGGCCAGGGCCGCGUACUGGCGCUUCGUCUGGGACACGAAGCCCGGCGCGGGCCACGGGCCGUCGUUGUUGAGCUUGACUGAAACGAUGCCGCGCCUGCCGCCGCUCGACGGCUCGGAGGUGCGCAGCGCGCUGGCGCCGUCGCCGAACGGCGGCGGCCGCUCGUCGCGCGUGUCCAGCGAGCUCAACACCGAGAAGCCGCCGAAGCGCAGCCGGUCGGCGUCGCGGGGCAGCCUCGCGACGCUGGCGCCGCCGUCCGGGCGCGCCAAGCCCAUCCCCGUUGCCUGCCAGUCCUUCUUCGACUCGCUGAGCCACCUCCAGGAUGACAUCGAGGCCGGCGGCCACGGCAGCGAGUUCGAGUACUUGCAGAAAAUAGAGGUCAACGAGCACAUCUCGUCGCACGUCGAGUUCAAGCUCCGCCGCGACACGCUGUGCGACAUGCUCAAGGCCGCCGUCGAGGGCCAGCUCGACAACGCGUCCGUCUACACGCUGCUGUGGGCGUCGGAGAUCAUCCACGACCACGCGGGCCGGCCGCCGCGGAAGGUCUUCGAUUUGACGAUGACUAGGCGCGUGACCUACCUCGCGGUGUUCAUCCAGAUCUUCGUGCCCCUGGCUUUGAUCAUCGUCGAACAGAACCACAUGCGGCUGCCGUUCCUCUUCUGCCCCGCGGCGGCGCUCGCCGGGACGCGCGCGGACGCGCCGCCCUACGCGUUCAAGCGCGCCGUCUACGGCGCCUGCGUCUACGUGCUCGCCUGGCUCACGUGCCUGACGAACUUCGGGGCCGUGCAGUACGAGGAGGCCGCGUACCGGUUCUUCGCGCAGUUCCACCCGCCGCGGAAGGGCCGGCCGCCCGUGCCCGUGGACGCGCCGGACCCGGAGUGCUCGCGGUACGGCCUGUGCAUGCUCGUGAGCGCGGCGGUGCAGAUCCUGAGCUUCAAGCUCGUGCUCGUGACGCUGAUCUUCCUCUUCUUCACGCAGUCGGACCUCAUGGACAUCGUGCUGAAUUGCCUGGCGCUCCAGUUCAUAUUGGACGUCGACUCGACGAUCGUGACGCCCAUCCGGAACCGGGACCUCGUGGAGCGGGAGAUGAAGAAGUGGUUCGAGGACUUCGACUGGUACGGCGACGAGAUCAAGGCGUACCUCGAGCGCGACGCCGCGCGGCCCACGGUGACGUUCCCCGGCGUCGGCGACAUGCCGUGCAUCCGGCUGCUGCCUUUUCUGGUCGUGGACCACCGGGCGCCCGGGUUCGUCCGCGUGGAGCGCGCGUGGUUCGCGCGCCACUGGGCCAUCAAGCUCCUCACGUUCUUCGACGGGCUCAUGGUGCCCCUCGUGCUCUUCUUCAUGGUCGGCGUCGGCUUCUGCGCCGAGUUCGCGUGGCCCGGGGACGACGACGACUAG